UCUCGUUAACAUUACAAAAUUCGCUCAAAGUGAAUUCAUAAAUUCAUAAAAAAUUUACAGAUGGCUGUCAGUGAACAAUCGCACAUCUUCUCCAUGCAACAUUUAUUGACUCCGUUGAACUGCUCGGCAUCAUCCAGGAUAAUUCCAGAUGUAUUGGAUUUAUCCAGAAAACGUGGACGUUCGCCAACACCACCGCAAUCUCCUGCAAAUUCACCAACGCAUUCAAUUGAAUCUCACCACCGUUUAACACCAGAACAAAAUUAUCCGGACCCACCGCACGCCAUGAUGUGCUUUUCAAGUCCCAGUUCGCGUACAGGCAGCGAAUCAUCCGAAGGAGAUCAGAAUUAUCAAUAUUCCAGCCAAACUGAUUCAGCUGAGAAUAAAAGUAAACUUCCGAGGCCUUUUAAGGCUUACCCCAAGGACCCAUUGAGUCUUGCCUAUGGUGUUGUGAGUUCCGAUGCUAUUAUUUCAAAGGAUUCCGCAGGAGCAUACGCUGACUUUCGUCAGAAGAUGUUGUCACGCGUGCAGAAUCAAAAUCAAGGUACCAAUAUCAAUAAAAUGAGCACCACGCAUCAGAAUCAAACUUCCAGUAGUGCUGAUCCUACUUACUGGGAGAAGCGCAGGAAGAACAACGAAGCGGCAAAACGAUCCCGAGAUGCCCGACGUGCCAAAGAAGACGAGAUUGCUAUUCGCUGCGCGUUUUUGGAGCAAGAGAAUUUGAAACUUAGAUUUGAAAUGGCUGCCAUGAGGCAUGAAAUGGAGAGGAUGCGGGGUGUCAUUAAUGUUCCGUCAUAUUAAGAUGAUUUGGGAAGGAUUUCGGUUGCGAAGAACAGC